AUGGCAGCUUCCUCGGCCCCUCUCGGCUCCCCGACGCUGUGACAGGCUUCUCUUUGCCCCCCACCCACACCUCCAGCGCGUCGGCGGGACCCCUCCGCCGGCCCCGCCGCUCCGCAUCCGAGAUGGAGAAGUGCUCCAGCUGCGAGAGCCUCGCCUCCAAGCCGGCUCAGCCGGCCACCCGCCAGCCCAGCUCGGAUUCCCUCUCCAGUGCUUCUACCUCUCAUUCGGAUCAUUCAGCACAUACCAAAUCAGCUUCAGUCAUCUCAUCGGAUUCUAUCUCCACCUCUACUGAGAACUUUUCUCCUGAUUUGAGGAUACUCAGAGAAUCAAAUAAAUUAGCUGAAAUGGAAGAGCCCCCUUUGCUACCAGGAGAAACUAUUAAGGACAUGGCAAAAGAUGUUACUCAUAUCUGCCCGUUUACCGGAGGUAUUCGAGGAACCUUGACAGUUACAAAUUAUAGACUGUAUUUUAAAAGCAUGGAAAGGAACCCUCCAUUUGUUCUAGAUGGCCCUCUUGGAGUGAUUAACAGAGUGGAGAAAAUCGGAGGAGCUUCUAGUCGUGGUGAAAAUUCAUACGGCCUAGAAAUUGUGUGCAAGGAUGUACGGAAUCUUCGGUUCGCUCAUAGACCUGAAGGUCGUACGAGAAGAGCCAUAUUUGAGAACUUGACAAAGUAUGCAUUUCCAAUGUCCAAUCACUUGCCUCUGUUCGCUUUUGAGUAUAAAGAAGUUUUCCCAGAAAAUGGCUGGAAUGUUUACGAUCCCAUUCUGGAGUACAGGAGACAGGACAGAACAGUAUCGCUGUGCAGCCAGCGAUGUCAAGUUUGCACUUCUGACAUCUUAGCUGGCCCCAAACAGCUCCCAUAUUCACUAUCUUUGCAGGCUAAAGGAGGAGGCUAUGAAAGUGAGGAUGCCUAUCAGAAUGCCGAAUUGGUUUUCCUGGACAUCCAUAAUAUCCACGUCAUGAGAGAAUCACUGAGGAAACUGAAAGAGAUUAUAUAUCCUAACAUAGAAGAGACACACUGGCUGUCGAAUUUGGAAUCCACUCAUUGGUUGGAGCAUAUCAAGCUGAUUCUCGCUGGAGCUCUUCGGAUUGCUGACAAGGUGGAAUCGGGGAAGACUUCUGUAAUUGUACAUUGCAGUGAUGGUUGGGACCGUACCGCUCAGCUCACCUCUCUGGCCAUGCUCAUGUUAGACGGCUAUUACAGGACAAUACGAGGCUUCCAGGUGUUGAUAGAGAAAGAAUGGUUGAGUUUCGGGCACAGAUUCCAGCUGAGAGUUGGCCAUGGAGACAAAAACCACGCAGAUGCUGACCGAUCUCCUGUUUUCCUACAAUUUGUGGACUGUGUCUGGCAAAUGACAAGACAGUUUCCCACAGCUUUUGAAUUCAACGAGUUCUUCCUGAUCACCAUCCUUGACCAUCUCUACAGCUGUCUCUUUGGGACCUUCCUGUGGAACAGCGAACAGCAGAGAGUGAAAGAGGGCCUUUCAGAAAAGACAGUAUCACUCUGGUCCUACAUCAACAGUCAGCUUGAAGACUUCAGCAACCCUCUGUAUGCGAGUUACACCAAUCAUGUGUUGUAUCCCGUGGCCAGCAUGCGUCACCUAGAGCUUUGGAUAGGAUACUACAUCCGGUGGAAUCCUCGAAUGAAACCACAGGAACCAGUCCACAACCGCUACAAAGAACUCCUCGCAAAACGAGCAGAACUUCAGAAAAAAGUGGAAGAGCUCCAGCGAGAAAUCACCAACCGCUCCACUUCCUCCUCCGAGAGGGCCAGUUCCCCUGCGCAGUGUGUUACGCCAGUCCAAACGAUUGUAUGACAUCACGUGCCCCCAUCUUCCAAAACCUGACGCUCUUCCUCAACACCUUCACGCACUCCCUGGCUGGCCUUGAGGGCAGCUGUAACCCAACACAGUGGGAAAGCAACAGAUUGAUGAAAAGCUGGAGCAGGACUCUUGGGUGGUGGCCCCUUUUUCUAAGCUGUCUUGUGUCUAGACAUUGUAUUUAUUAUGGUCUACUUCUCCAGGGUAUUACAGCUGUAACACAAUAAGGUGGAAUCUUUUUUUAAAAAGAUCUCUUAUAUAAUUAAUUUUCUUGAGAGCUAAUUAAGAAGAAACUAGCUGCAUGGCAUCUCAAGACCCAACUAUAGGACCUUUACUAGUGAGUUCAAAAUCUUUAGCAUUGUUUUUUGCCAUGGAGUGAUGCACUUAUACAGGGUCAUACUUAUUUCAAACCUCAGCCGCCUGAAUCCAGAGAGCCCGAUAGGGACUUCUGAUGUACACAGUGGGCUUUGCAGAUUUUACGCUGCCCACUUACGAACUGCUCCAUAAAACACAAAGGAGUUUGCGAGGGCAAUGCAAAUCAUCGUAAUGAGUUGCAUGCUGGGAAAGAAGAAUAUUCAUUGCAAUCGUGCAUAUGAAAAUUAUGCAUUCUUGGCUUUUCUGACGCUUAUCGGUGAUAAGACUAUUUUGUGGUGCCUCAUUCUUACAGAAAUAUGACCUCCAAAGAGUGGGGGAGCAAGAAUCCAAAAUUUCUGAGGUAAAUUACCUCACACAGGGAACAACUCCACAUAAUGUUUCUAGUGGUGUUCAUGUAAAGAGGAAAACCUUGAAGCCCUCCAGAUGUGAGAACUCCUGAAAAUCUCAGUAGAUUCAAUAGCUGCAGGAUGUUCAGUUGAGGUAAGGCCAUUGCUGAAGAUGCUGGAGAUUGAAGUCGUACAUUUAGCCAACACCUACGUUGAGGAAAGGUAACUUAGAAGUAUCUAUGGGAGUAGGCCAAAUGUCAUCAUU